AUGGGGGUUCCGGGGUUUGCGAAGUGGCUGAUUGGAAAGUACCCCUCCAUCAUCUUCCACAAACCUCCGGAGGAGGUUUAUGGGCUUUAUAUCGAUUUUAAUGGCUUCAUUCACUCCCACUGCCAUAGCGAGAGCGAUCCGAAAGUGGCUUUGCGCUCGGUGGAGGAGAAAAUCUCGAACAUUUGUCGGAAUUUAGACGACAUCAUCCGCGAAGUCCGGCCGAGGCGGCUGAUGUUCAUCGCCGUCGACGGCGUGGCCCCGCGGGCGAAGCUCAAACAGCAGCGAAUGCGCCGAUAUUUGCGCGCCGCCAAGGCUGUCGGGGUCGAUCGGGAGGGCCUGAACACCCUCGAGGCGGCCUUCAGCCCCGAGGCGCGCGCGAUCGCGAACGAGGCCCUCAACACCGCCGCCGAGGCGCUUUCGUCGGAUCCGCUCUACGGCCAACCGUACAAUUUCCCCCCCGAUGAGGCGAGGGAUGGCGGGGCCGGAUCCUGCAGCCCCCCGGGAUGUCUUUUGUCGUCCUUUUCGCCCAUCGAGGCGGGCCCCACGGGGAGUGAAAGCGAUACGGCGGAUGCGAUGGGCUUUGAUGUUAAUUCCAUUUCCCCCGGGACGGUCUUUAUGGACGCGCUGUGCGCGGGGGUGAAGGCGUAUGUGGUGAAAAAGGUCGCCGCGGGGGAUCCUUUUUGGAAGAGUCUGACGGUCAUCUUUUCGGAUUCCAACAUCCCCCGCGAGGGGGAGCAUAAAAUUUUUGAUUUUUUGCGCAUGAAAGCCCUUGAUUCGUCAUUUUGCGGCGAAAAAGGCGGCGUGCAUGUGGUCGUUGGGGUCGAUGCGGAUCUUAUCUUUUUGUGCUUAUCUUUGCACAUCGCUCGGUUGUAUAUUUUACGCUAUGACGCAAAAAAGCCGUUUCGAAAGACGUUUCUGCAGCAGAAAAAAAUAAAAGACUGCAAUUUUCCACUUCCUGAAGGGGAUGAGGGAGAAGAUCUCGAUGCGAGGUUGCCAGGGGUAUCUUUUUCACCUUCAUCACCCGAAUCCUCUGGGAUAAAAAAGGAUGCCGCCCCUGCGCGAGCGAAGUUGAAAUUUUUAGACAUCGACAUCGUGAGUCGCUCUCUUAUAUCAGAUAUUUAUCAGCGAUGCCUUGCUAAAGGCUUUGUGAUGCGCUUGGGGAGGGCCAGUAAAUGGAAGGAUGUGUCCAUUCCCGACAAUACUUCCCAGCCUCUUUUUGCGUGCAGUAAUAGCAAAAUAAUUGACGAUUUUAUCAUUUUGUCAAUGAUAGUCGGAAACGAUUUUGUCCCACGACUGCCGAGCGCGUUCUGCGAUGAUGGCGCGUUGGAUAACGUGAUCGAGGUCUACGUCGGCGAGGUCCUCCCCUACGGCUACUUAACUCUCGACGAUCGAGAGAUUUGUCUUACCCAACUCUGCCGUUUUUUUAAUGGAUAUGCGAAGAUGGAAACGGCAAAGUUUCGUUUUUUUUGUCAGAAUACCGAAUUAUCCAUACCGAAGUCUUCGAUAGAGCCACUUGGCAGCGCCGUUGAUGAGUCUUGGCGAGAAGUUUAUUACCGAAGCUCAAGCAUCGGCAAGGAUGGGGUGGAGGAAGCCUGCCGGCAAUAUAUCGAAAUAAUGCGUUUUGUUUGGCGUUAUUACAGCCGUGGGAUGCGAUAUGUGAGCUGGUCUUUAGUCUAUUCCUUUUACCAUGCGCCCUUCGCGCUUGAUUUGGCGAAGUUUUUAACCACCCACGGCGAUGAAAUGCAGACUGUGAGGCCUCUUUCGGAGCUGGAGAAGGUCCCGUCCAAUAUUUUCACGCAGCUGCUCUGCAUAUUACCCCCGACGAGUUGUGAUCUGCUGCCGGAGAGACUUCGUUCGUUUAUGACGGAGCCCCCUGUGGAUUUGCUAGAGACUUUUCCACGAGAAUUCAAAGUAGAUUUCACGGGAGCUUUGGAUAAGGAUUACCUCUCGGUGGUUAUGAUUCCCCCUCCAAAUGUUGACGCCUUACAUGCGGUCGUGGAGAGUUCUAUGGAGGAGUUUACUACCGAAGAGCGGCAUCGGCAGCAAAAUCGCAAUUUUCACCUCGUUAUCGCACGAGAUGAUCACGAGAUGAUGGAUUUCAGCGAAGACGAGGGAUUUACUUUGCUUCCUUUGCCGGCGCCGUCCGUGGAGUUUUCCCUGGAGUGUUGUUUGCGGUAUUACGAGCUGCAGGAGACGGGUGCGCCGCCCCUGAAGCUGCAGAGGUCGCGUGCCUACGCUCCUGUCCCGAUUGAAGAGACUUCCACCCAAAACAUAAAGGGGAAUAGUGUUAUCCAACGCAAUACCGUGCGAUGGUUUUCUGUUCAUUGGCAGUGUGAAAAGUGUUUAGUGCUUAACAUCAGAAAGAAUGUCUCAUGUUUGACGUGUGGUGCACUCUAUGAUUAUCGCCGGUGCUGGGCGUUCUUUGGCAAUAGAAAGCCGAAUGAUUCCUCACUCAUGAACCCCAAUCAUACAAGUUAUAUUGAAAAAUAUGUUAUUGUAUAG